GUGUCCAGUUAGACAAACCAGACCUGGUUCCUAGAACACCUCCACCAGUUGGUAACCCUGCUGAGGGUGAGGGCCACCUGUCCACCUCACCACUGGGCAGCACAGGAGUUUCCUCCUCCUCUCCUCCACUACGGUCUGUUGGAGUGGAGGUCCACAAAUCUGCAAACACAGACCACGACCAGGGAACCUCUCAUAGUCUGGGAGCUGAAGGGUCGGCUGAUAAUCCAGGCAGUCUGUGUGGAAAUGAAGACGUAGUUUCUCUGACUGACAUCAUCCCAGAGACUAACCUCUAAUGU